CAAUGCCGCGCCACGGACACACUUGACAACCUCAGUACCUGGAGCUCUGGAGGAGCAUACAGACUCUCUAUAAUGAAGCCUCUAGCGUCCAGGACGACUCGACUAUUUACAGCCACGACACAAGCUUGAUUCUGCGAGGAUUCGCCGCCAUGGCUGCGACGGCGGAGGUAGUUAUCCUCCCUUCUUCCUCGCCGGCACCUAUUUUUGCUCAAUCUCCCACCCCUGUCUCAUACAGCCCUGAGCGACUGUUCGGGCUCUCUCCUCGAGAUAACUCUUCGCCUUCGAUGCUUUCUCCCACGUCACUUUUUAGGUCUUCCCACUCUGCGCGGGCGCAGAAUAGGCGUUCGAGAGAAGGAUUCGCGGGUGGCGAUGUGCGGUCUCAGAACCCAGGAAUCGGCUCAGAAGAUAUUCUGAUUAUGAGUGCUGCACCCGAGGAGCUGAAGGAGAAACCGAAACGGAGAGCGAAAAAAGGAACGCAAGGAAAGGAAACAACCGCGGUGAAUCUGGACCAGCUGUCCCUUGAGACUACUACAGAGGGAAUAAGAAAGCCGGCUGAGGUGAAGAAGGGACGGAAGCGGGAUACAAGCAAAAAGCAGGAAAAAGGAAACAAGACUCUGAAGGGAAAGGUGGCAAAGGUCGGAGCUGGGAAACUAAAUAAUUAUUCUGGCAAAGCAAUGCUUCCCGAUCAGCCUGUUGAGAACGCUUCAAACUCUGGGUUUGAUUGGGAGAAAGACGGUCUACAGCUCGAAGAGGCUACGAAACGCAGGCUGGAUUGGACACCGACAAAGAAUUCAAAGGACUCGACGAAGACGACGGCGGCGGAACUCGUCGGUAACAUCGACACUAAUGGCGAUGAUGUGGGAGGAUCACAAGCUUCCUGCAGGCGCAGCUUUGGCAAUCUGCUCUCAACUUACGGGUUCGAUGGAGAGAGUCGUGCGCCUGAAGACGCUGUCCGCAAUCUAGGUGGUGAAGGCCCUACCAAGCGAAGACGGAUAGAGUUGGUGGACUCCAAUGUCUUCACCUUGCCAACCUUUCGCCGGCUGGACACUACCGAUGCUUCCUCUGGCGACUCCGCAGCUGAAACAGCCGCACAAGAGAUUACGAAGAAACCGCGAAAGAAAAAGAUGACGACUAUUACAGCUCAUGCUACUGCGCGAUAUGUCCCUGAUUACGAAGGGGACAGCAACACUCUUAGUCGAUAUCUGGUAGUCGAUGAGUAUCAGCCGACAACUGAAAAGGCCACCAGCAAACAGAAAACGUCCAAAACAAAGAAGAGCCACGGCACGAAGGACGAAGCUCAGGGGUUUACUGUUGUCCAUCCAGAAGCAGCUUUCAAGUCACUUGAAGACCAAGAGCUUCUGUUUGGCACAUGCAGCCAACUCGAACGAGAGGAAUCCCCGACAUUCGUCCGCGAAGUCCAAAAGGCAAUUCGUGCUUCAGAAGCCGAUAUACAAACGGAGGAAGGAUACCGCCCAACCCAGAGUACAAUGUCUCAUGCAUCGGGCGCCACCACAGUGUCGCGAUUUACAGCCUCUAGGAAUCUGUGGUCUGUAGCUGCGAGGGAUUCCAGCGGAUCUCUAGUCCAAGCGGAGGUUGUGGACCUUGUGGAUUCUCCGGACGCCCCGAAGGUGUCGUCUGAAAUACUUCACCAAGGCAUUCUUCCUGUGGGGAGACAGAAAAGCCCCCCGCAAGAUAACACGAUCGGACUACAGUCAAGUCCUGUUGCAAGUACCGAGAAGGCUGGUUCAAGGAACGACAAAAGCCUGUCCCUCCAAGCUGCGAACCAGGGCAGCUAUAUUUCGCAGUCUGAGCAUCGUUCAGACCCGGAAUUAGCACAGGGGGUGAGUGAACAAGAAGUAACCAGGCCUGAAAUGCCCCAGUAUACCGGGUUCACAGACGCGGAACUUGCCAAGAAAAUAGCUUCAUAUGGUUUCAAACCUGUCAAGGGCCGUAACAAGAUGAUCGAAUUGCUUCAGAAGUGCUGGGAGUCUAGACUACCAGACUCGGUAAAGCAUGCGAAGCAAGUCACUCCGGCUCAAUCAAAGGGAUUGCCUGGUUCUGAAAUGACGACCGUGUCAUGCGAGACAGGAAAUAAGCCGCAGGCCCGCAAACCUGCAAAGGCCGAUUCUGCAGGGUCUCAAUCUAAACGAACCGCUGGGCGAAAAGCGGACCGGGCUGCAAAGCCAGCAUCAAAACGUCCAAGCAAAAAGACAACCACAUCCGAAAACCAAGAGAAGCCAAAACCUCGCUUUCAAGAUGUGGAGGAGAUUGAAGAUUCUGAAGAAGAGCUGAUUCCCUCUCCAAGUCGCAUGUGGAGCCGUUAUAUUCCUCGUGAUGCCACACCCGUUUCUCUCCCCUUAUCUGCGGUCCCGAGUCCUGCGCGGGAGCAGAAUAAUACAAAAAAACCCUCUCGCAGCUAUCAACUUCCAGAAGAUUUUCCUGAAUUAUCUACGAAGGUGAUGGAAGCCAUCCGUGCUCAGCCUCGUCGACCAUCAGUGAAUGGUCGUCCGUGUCUUACCUGGCACGAGAAGAUCCUUAUGUAUGAUCCCAUCGUACCUGAGGAUCUUACUGCGUGGUUGAACACGGAAGGGCUCAACCUCGUCGGCGAAGACGAGGAAGUCAGCCCUCACUUCGUGAGAAAAUGGUGCGAGAGUCACGGGAUAUGUUGUUGCCCGAAAAAGACUUAAGUCGACCAGCUCUGCUUGUGUAUUUAUACAUGGACAUAUUUUGUGAACUCGAUGGCACAGCUGCCUGUCGUUUUCCUGUUAUUUCAUACCCGCAUAUCUCCCACCGCAUGGUGAUUACUGGACGCAUUCGUCUUCUGGAAUCUGGGUGGUGUUUGGGUAUUUCUUUUCACAGGGUUAUAAGGAUCGAGAUUAUAUAUGCCCUUUCUUUCUGGAAUACUGAGAUUACAUAUACCCUUCUGGAAUAGAUUAUUUUCGUCUAUGUGCUUUGCAUAGCUCUCCAUGAACGAUGAUAAAUAUGGCAACAACUAUCUACCUUGAAACCUCAU